UUUCUUUCCCAGGGAAAGGAGGGGGAAGAGGCGGUUUUGUGCUGACCAGCUAGAAUUUCACUGUGUUCUUUUCCCUCCGCCAUGUGGGCGCUGAGAGGGCUAUACAAAUCUACAGCCAAUUGCCAAGUGAUGCAGAUGGAAAAGCAGGGAUCAGGAAAGGUCUGACAUCAUGGUUCGAGAGGGUUCAGCCAGGGCAGUGCCUGGCACCAGGGAACAUAUAAAGCCCGGGCACUUGGCUUGCCGGCAUGCACUGCCACCCGCCGUUACCUUCGGGGAGAUGGAUGUCACCAUUCACCACCCCUUCUUCCGCAGACGGCUGUUCCCCAGCCUGUCGCCCAGCCGCAUCUUCAGCCAACAUUUUGGGGAGCCCGUCAUGGAAUCCGAACUUUUCGCUGGCGCCUUGCCUUUCAACUCCUACUUUUUGAGGCCUUACACCUUCAGGAGCGCUGGCUGGCUGGACAGCGGACUCCCAGAGAUGCACCUGGACAACCACAAGUUUUCCGUGAACCUGGACGUGAAGCAUUUCUCUCCUGAGGAGCUGACGGUCAAGGUCUGUGGAGACGUGAUCGAAGUCCAGGGGAAGCACAAGGAACGCCAGGAUGACCAUGGCUUCGUUGCCCGCGAGUUCAACAGGAAGUACAGAAUCCCUGCCGAUGUGGACCCCCUCACCAUCACCUCCUCCCUCUCCUCGGAUGGCGUCCUGUCAGUGAACGGACCAAGGCAACCCAAGGAAGCGCCGGAGCACUGCAUCCCUGUCACAAGGGAAGAAAAAUCUGCCCUUCUCCCAGGACCAAGGAAAUAGAUGGUCUCGGAGACCUGCCCUUUUUAUACUGAAGAAAGCCUUCCCUUAGGACAGAAAUGGCAGACUGGCUCUUCUUGUUUAUUUAUUUGUGCAAAGAUAGCAAGUGAACUUCUUGACUAACAAAUAAAGAGUUGGUAGCUUCUUCCCUCAA